ACAAGGAGAACUAAACACCAAGAUAGUUUCAUUCUGUCUUAAUCAGUUUUUAUAUAUACUUUAUUCUUAAAUAGUAAUGGCAACAGCUGCUAUUGAACUCUCUUCUACAAUGGUAAUAUUAAGGAACAUGGAGAAAGUUCGAAUUAUUUACUCGCGAUCAUAUAGCUCUAAGGUAAAAUUAAACGAUGUAGUUAUAAUUAGUGCAACUAGAACACCUAUGGGAUCAUUUCUUGGGGGAUUAUCAACUAUACCUGCACCAAAACUUGGAGCUGUUGCUAUACAGGCAGCAAUUGAACGUGCCAAAGUGUCCGAAGAACAAGUUACAGAAGUAUAUAUGGGAAAUGUUUGUCAAGCUUUUUUGGGUCAAGCACCAGCAAGACAAGCUACAUUGUUUGCAGGACUUCCUAAAUCCACAAUAUGUACAACAAUUAACAAAGUUUGUGCAAGUGGUAUGAAAAGUAUUAUGCUUGCUUCUCAGUCAUUACAAUGUGGAUAUCAGGAGAUUGUUCUUGCUGGUGGGAUGGAAUCAAUGUCCAAUGUACCAUUGUACCUAGCACGAGGAGAAACUAAAUAUGGUGGCAUGAAACUUGAGGAUGGUAUUGUAUUUGAUGGUCUAACUGAUGUAUACAAUAAAUUUCACAUGGGAAAUUGUGCAGAAAAUACUGCCAAAAAACUGAGUAUUACUCGUGCAGAGCAAGAUGAGUAUGCUGUCAACAGUUAUAAACGUAGUGCAACUGCAUAUGCAAACAAAAUAUUUCAAGACGAACUUGUUCCAAUUAAUGUACCACAAAAAAAAGGAAAACCUGAUGUUGUAUUUAAUGAGGAUGAAGAAUACAAGAGGGUGGAUUUUGCUAAGUUUGCCAAAUUGAAUACAGUUUUUCAGAAAGAACAUGGCACUGUAACUGCUGGAAAUGCAUCUACUCUUAAUGAUGGAGCAGCUGCAUUAGUAUUAACUACUACAAGUGUUGCUCAAACAAUGAAUCUCAAGCCAUUAGCAAAAGUUAUUGCAUUUCAUGAUGCUGCAACUGAUCCUAUUGAUUUUCCCAUUGCACCAUCAUUUUCAAUUCCAAAAUUAUUAGAAAAUGCAGGGGUUAGCAAAAACGAUAUAGCUCUUUGGGAGAUUAACGAAGCAUUCAGUGUUGUUGCAAUUGCAACUCAAAAAUUACUUGACCUUGAUCCUAGUAAGGUGAAUGUUCACGGUGGUGCCGUAUCUUUGGGUCAUCCUAUUGGUAUGUCUGGAGCUCGUAUUGUGGUGCACUUAGUACAUGCUCUGAAACCUGGAGAAAAGGGUGUUGCAUCGAUUUGUAAUGGAGGUGGUGGUGCAUCUUCAAUUUUAAUUGAAAAAUUGUAAGUCUUCGGCAAGACAGAUUUCUGAUACAAAGUGGUACUUCAGAUGACUAUAAUAACAGUAAUGAAUUUUGUAUGACAAUGAACGCGUUUUGCCAUACAUUUAAAUUAACAACAAUUACCAUUGUGCAUUUUUAAGCAUAAUUAUGUAACAUAUUGACUAUGAGUGAUGGGUCAACUGAUAU